GCCGUCCUAUCCUCUGUCUCGGGUGAGCGACUAAACGGGCGCAUCAGUCAUGUAAUUUGGGUCAAAGACUAGCUGCAGUGUAUGUCAGUGUAAGCCAGAAAUCUGAUCCUGAAAUCUGUGAAGUGCUGAAGGAUGAUGCCCUGGACGGGCAGUGCUGUAUUCUUCGUCCUGCUGGCUGUGGUUGGAACUGCAGUGUCCAGCAGGGAGCUGCAGUGCUCCAUGUGGCCUGUGGGGGCGCUGCAUCCAGUGCAGGCUCAGCUGGAGUGCUUUGAGGCGGGAACAGGCUGUGCGGCCAGAGAGGGCGGAGCUAAAGAGACCCAUGUGAUUUCUGUGGGCAAAGCCUCCAAUAAACAGGUCACGGUGGUGUUGAGACCUUUGACCGUCUCUCGUCCCGUCAACCGGUUAGUGAUUCUGGUCCUGUGCUCCCAGCAUGCUGUGCGUUGGGUGUUGGAAAACGAAGGACUGUCGCACAACAUCAACGUGAUGGUGCAGGUGUCUCUGAACUCUACGGCCGAGUCUUCGAGCUUGUCUAUCCGCGUGAAGCAGAUUCAGUCUCUGCCGCCGCGGCCCCGUGUCCUUCUGCGCUGGAUCUACCAGCGUCACGCCACCAUCUCGUCGCUCACGCACACUGUUCGUGCCAACCGCAUUUACCUCCGUCUGGGAGAAGAUCCCAGCAUGCCGAGUGAGUGCCGCCUGCGGCCUCUCUUUCUGUCUCAGAACUAUCUGGCGUCAGAGCUGCAGGAGCAGGAGGUUCACGGCUGCGUCCCGUCAGACCAGCCCGUGGAGAUGGAGGUGCACAUCAUCCGGCUCUGGUCUUCGGGGUCCGGACUGUGCAGCUCUCUGCAGGUGGAGGCGUCUGUCUCUCUGCUGCCUCCAGUGGCUCGUUCAGGCUAUCACAGGAUUGUUCUGAUCCUCAGCAGUGCGGCGCCAGUCAACUGGACUCUGGUGGCUCCAGAGGUCAGAGGUCACGUCAGGGUCUAUUCGUCCAACAACGUGAGUCUGCCGUACCGAUCUCCAGCCCCCGGCCUCAGCAUGACCAGCACCGUGACCUCUGACCUCCUCAGCACCCCCGACCUUCUAGAAUGGGCCAAUCAGAGCGGCUUUCCCAAAGUGACCUCGUACACCGAGGCUGAUCUGGCCAAUCGCUUCGUCAUCAGGUUAAGGGAAGGUGGAAAAGGGUCUUCAGACGGGGGGCAGGAUGACAUCAGCAGUGAGGCGCUCACCUGCCAGUGUGGGGGCGGAGCUCUUACCGUUACCGUGGAUACACAGAUGCUACAGGCUGCACUUUCCAGAGCACAAAAAGCAAUUUUUCCAGUGUCGACAGUGACCCUGCGGGAUCACAGUUGCUGGGGUGAAUUCAACGGAAGCCACUUCCUGUUGGUUUUCCCUGUUAUUUCCUGUGGGACGGAGGUAGAAAUGGAUGAAGCGAAUGGAAGAGUUCAUUACACAAACACAGUGUUCCUUUGGAAACGGAAACCAUUGGAGGGUUUGAACAAUGGGACGGGCGAGGAGGUGUUGAAUGAGACGAGUCUGAUAGUCAUCCAUGUGAGUGUAAAACUGUCUUAUUUUUGGUGGUCUGUGAGUCCAGCAGACGUGACUCCGUCCUCCAGGCCAGAGGAGGCGCUGCAUUUCAGUCCAUGGGUCCCGAGAGGCCACGCCGCUCCCGUCCUAUCCAUGGAGCUGUUCGUCACCGAGGCCUACGAGAGGAGAGCCGUGGGGCCCUGCGUGAUCACUGCAUACGACCGCGUCUAUGUGCAGGUCAGCAUUAUCUGUCGCAUUUGUGCGUUUGUUUCUUCUCUGGUGUCUCCUGAAGGUCAGAGAGGAUGAUAGCGCGGCAGUGGAGUCCAUAACAUGAUUAAGAGAGCUCAAGGACGCGAGACUCCCUUCUCCCUAUGGAGGUUUCUUUAGUGUGUGUCAAUGAAGGCCACAAAUACAAAUUUGCAAAAUAAAUUGUGGAAUAACAAACUGUUUGUGUGCUGAAACACUUGCAGCUUAGUCGUGUACGAUGUGAAUGAGAAAACUCAUAGAAAACAAAAUAUGAACCAACAAAUAUCACCAAAGGGAUCUUAAAUAAUAGUUCAGAGUCAUGGCUUGUAAGCAACCUAAACCUGGCAAGAAAUUUAACAAAAAUUAAUAAAUAAA